AUGGACGUUUAUGUUCAAGGAAUUUGCCAAUCCCAUUUAUAUUGUUUUGAUGAACAAGAAACAGCUGACACCUGCAGAGGCAAAAAUUGCAAAUUCGCCCAUCUUAAAGAAAAUUACAUUGAUUCACACUGCCAUUUAGAUUUAUUGAACCGAGACUUCCACUGUCAUAUUGAUUUAAUGAACAUGCCUAAAUAUUUUGGUGGAUGUAUUACGAAUUUCUGCUUCCCCAUUGAUUACAAUCAAUGGCACAAUUUGCAAUCUUUAAGAUUCAAAACACAUUUUACUAUUGGGCUACAUCCAAAAUGUGCACAGUUAUAUGAUAUAAACACUAAACUAAAAGUUGAAGAUAUGGCAAUAAAUAAAGAUUGUGUAGCAAUUGGAGAAUGUGGAUUGGAUUAUACUAAAAAAUGUGCUGUAGCAAUCAAAAAAAAAGCAUUCAUAGAACAGUUGAAAAUUGCAAAUAGAUUAGAUAAACCAAUUGUUCUACAUUUGCGUGACAGUUGCAUGGAUGCAUUUCAUAUUGCAAAGGAUUAUUUACCUGUGUCGCACAAGAUUCACUUGCAUUGUUUUACAUCAACAAUGAAUAAUUAUCACAACUGGAAAUAUUUCUCAAACUGUAAAAUUGGAAUAACAAAUAUGGUGAAUUUCCCUACAGCAUACAAUAUUCACCAAUUAGCAAGAGAAAUACCUUUGGAAGACAUUCUAUUGGAAACUGACAGUCCAUACUUUUUACCCAGAAUUGUUAUAAAUGGACAAAAAUUUUCCAAUCCAGGACAUGCACUGAAUGUUGCAAUGAGAAUAGCACAGUUGCGCAAUACAUCAAUAAAUGAAGUAAUAAAAACUACAACAGACAAUACAAACUUCAUAUACAAUCUGUGA